AUGGAGUCUAACGCCCAAUAUGUUGCGCCCCUAAACAUCCCUCAGGACGAUGCUGGAUCACAGGCCGUGGCCACGAACCAUCGACUGAUAACGGCUUUGAAAGCCCAGCUGCGAAUGACACCGCCGUUGACACCGCAUAGCUCGCGCGAAGAAAUGGUCGAUCGAAGCGACCAGGAACGGUCCUUGUUCCAUAACUAUCUCAGGGCAUUCUACCCAUUUCACCCGGAUGGACCGAUCUCGUCUUCUACCGUCACUUUGCCUUUGGACCAGGGAGAUGUUAUCCUCGUCCACUCUGUACAUACCAACGGCUGGGCUGAUGGUACUCUCCUCGAGACCGGAGCCAGGGGCUGGCUGCCUACCAACUACUGCGAGGCAUAUGACCCCCAACAAAUGCACCCGCUGCUAAAGGCUCUGAUGGACUUCUGGGAUGUCAUCAGGGGAGGCAACGGGUCUACGCUCCAUCAAUUCACGAACCAGGAUUACAUGAGGGGAAUGAUUGCUGGAGUACGAUUCCUACUGGAAAAAUCCGAGUGCUUGACGAGAGACUGCAGGCUGGUUAAAAGGGUCGACGGAUUACGACGAAACAGGAAAGCUCUCCUCUCCGAUCUAUCAUCACUCGUGAAGCUGGCGAAGCAAUUGCAGGACAUUGCAAAUGGGCGACAAUUCGAAACUUGUCUGGAUAACAUAUUCGACCUGAUGCUGCUCAAGGCCUUCCGCAUCGUCACGCGAGGAGUUCGAUUUUUAGACGUCUGGAGCGAAGAAGUCGGGCUGGUUAGGGCGUUGGAUCACUUGGAUAGCAACCUAAACUCACCACAUGCCUUGGAUGGAAUGUUCAAGGGACCUCUCACUCCACCUGUUGAGAGUUCGUUCAAUUUCGCCUCACAAUUCACGACGAGCUCCAUCGGUACUCCAAACUCUUCGAGUAGCUGGAGGGGGAGCUUUGGAGAGGGAGCCAGCGGCCGCAGCUUGCUUAACUCAACCACAAUCAGUCAGAGAUCUGGCCGCGAAACACCACAGCGCCCUGCAUCAGUACAGGUCAAACGGGCCUCAUUAUCACACAGAAUAUCUUACAACGGUCACUCAUCCGUUGCUACCAAAAACCCCAACCUUGCAUCUGGGCGAUUAACUGCUGCUCACGACGGUUUUCUAGGAGUCCUUGGAUCCUUCAUCGGUCUACAUUUACAAUCACCAUCAUCUACUGAACUGAUAAUUACGACUCAGGAAGCUGUUCAGUCAUGCAAGACGCUAUUAUCUGUCGUUGAGGAAGUAUGGGAACGCGACCUACAUCGGUCUUACUUGCUGGAACGGUCAAAGGAUGCCAUGUACGAGCGGAUCACCGAACUUGUCCACGCCGCCCGCGACGCAUUUCGUGCGCCUAACAACCCUGACGAUGAAACGAUUUUCGUUCCGGGUGAUGGCAAACGGCUAGUCGAUGCUGCUACUGACUGUGUACGCGGUGCUGGGGACUGUGUUUCUAGGGCCAGGACAGUCUUGGAGCAGAUUGGGGAUUUCGAACUGGAGAACGUCGGACUGGGUAUUUCAGUCCCUGGUGCUGAGGACAUCGCUACACCAACCCAUCGCGAAGAGCCACUAUCAGACAAGAUCGACUCGCCAACGCCAGCAACGAAGUCUGAUGAAAUGCCAAUGCGGCCACUACCCCUUCAGAUCCCUGAUGGAUCCAUGUCAACAAUAUCCUUGACUCCGUCCUCAUUCACCGACGCUUCAACCCUCCGUACUCCUACCUCGCCAUUCUGUGAAUCUUUUACCUCCACAUUUUCCUCAUUCACCGACCUCACCGACCCCUUCGCCGCAAACUCCGACCACGAUCUCACCAAGCCAUUCAACGCAUACUCGCCAACUAAAACCACUGGGGAUGCGCCUUGGCAACAGGACGCAGCUAUCUACAUUCCCCUUCCUCCAGAUAGCGACAUGGAUCUCUCAAUUGAACCAACUGAAACUGAAGGAACACAAUUUAUCGAAACACCUACGCGUCCUACCUCGCCUGAAAGUACUACUCCCCAAUCCCCUUCAAAAGACGGUUCGCAAGCCGAUGAGGGAUCAACCACAUCAGAUGGCGAUGAACAGGAGGAUACCCUAUUAGAAAAAACCUACGCACACGAGCUUAUGUUCAAAGAUGGCCAAGUGACCGGUGGAAGCCUCCGCGCCUUGAUUGAGAAGUUAACUUGCCACGCAUCAACACCUGACGCACUAUUUGUUUCAACUUUCUACCUUACAUUCCGACAUUUCACCUCUCCAGUCGAAUUUGCUGAGACUUUGAUCGACCGUUAUGAUUAUAUUGGCGAGACCCCCAAAGCCGGUGGACCUGUACGUUUACGCGUGUACAAUGUGUUUAAGGGUUGGCUCGAGGCCCAUUGGAGACACGACGUUGAUGACUGCGCACUACCAUCGAUCCUCAAAUUUGCCAGGACUAAACUUUUGAUCACACUACCCACUGCUGGCAAGCGACUUGUCGACUUAGUCGAAAAAGUAUCAUCCCUCCAUGGACCAGUUGUUCCACGAUUGAUAUCUUCGGUUGGAAAGACGAAUACAUCGAUCGCCCAAUACAUCAGCCCCGACCAGCCGCUACCACCCUCAAACAUGACCAAGAGUCAACUAAAUCUUUUGAAGCAGUGGAAGAGCGGUGGCGCAAGUAUCAGUAUCCUCGACUUCGACCCCCUUGAGCUUGCUCGCCAAAUUACGAUUAAGGAAUCCCAGAUUUUCUGCUCGAUUCUCCCCGAAGAACUUCUGUCGACAGAAUGGAUGAAGAAAACUGGCUCUUUGGCCGUCAACGUUCGCGCAAUGUCCACUCUAUCAACGGACAUUGCCAACCUUGUUGCUGACUCUAUCUUGCAGUUGGAGGAGCCGAAGAAGCGUGCCGUGGUCGUCAAGCGAUGGGUCAAGAUAGCCACGAAAUGCCUUGAACUAAACAACUACGAUACCCUCAUGGCUAUCAUCUGUUCACUCAACUCAUCCACCAUCUCUCGCCUAAAGCGCACAUGGGAAUUGGUCCCCAUUAAAACCAAGAACUCACUAGAGAGCCUCCGAGAAAUCGUCGAUGUAUCCCGCAACUACGCUGUCCUUAGACAACGACUACAAAAUCAUGUGCCUCCAUGCUUACCCUUUGUCGGAACCUACCUAACUGAUCUCACUUUCGUCGACCACGGCAACCAAAACACCCGCACUCUCGCGGCUGAUGGAAACUCCAUCGAGGUCAUUAACUUUGACAAGCACAUGAAGACCGCCAAAAUCAUCAGCGAACUCCAACGCUUCCAAAUUCCUUAUCGACUCAGUGAAGUUCCAGAGCUCCAGACUUGGAUACAAGACCAGCUUGUUCGUGUCCGAUCUGCUGGUGAUAAGAGCUUCCAAAAGUACUAUCGACGAUCUCUUGUUCUGGAACCUCGCGAGCGCGCAACUACCCCUCGUGGAUCUCCAACGGAACCCAGCCCUUCAGUAUUCGCCAAAGAGAAUACUAAGGACAAGUUCGACUUUUUAGCAUGGACUCACAGUUCCAAACUCAAAGCUCCUGCUGCGUGA